UAGCACUAAGCUCCUUCCCUACCCACUAAUCUGUGAUUAGUUUUGGCAUUAGUACUAUAGGAGAAGGAAUUAGAGAAAUAGAGUAGCUAUAAUUCCAAAAGUUGGAUUUAGAGAAGUGGGAUGUGGUAGAAAGGUUAUAGGAGUUUCAAUAUUUCAAGCAAAUUUGAGUUUGAAUCUGUUACACCUUUUUCUUGUUCGGUUUUUUUAGACAGGAUGUCAUUGUCUCAAACUUAUGAGAUUGUCCUGCCUCAGCCGCUUGAGUGCUGGGAUUAUGGACACAUGCCACAGUGCCAGGUUUGAAUUCUACCUAAUCCCCUUAAGCUGUAGAGCUGCAGGGUUCACACCUGUCCAUGGAAGAUCAUGCUUACAUCAUAGACAUGAGCAUUUAGCAUUGUCAUCAAUGGGAAAGCUUCUAGCACGGGUCUGGCAUAGACAGUCACCCCUCCAUGUCCUUGGGCUGUCAUGUCUCAAGUCUCAUAUAAAUGGCAUAGUAUUUGCAUAUAACCCAUGUACAUCUCCCUGUAUACUUUCAGUCAUCUUGAGAUUGCUUGGGUACCCAGGGCAGUAGUGACAAGAGUUUUUUCAAAUAUUGUGCAUUGAAGUUGGUUGGCUCCACUGGUGUGGAACCCAUGGAUACGAAGGGAGGAAGGUAAUGUUAGUUCUGUUGUGUUCAGUUGUCUGCUCUUUUCAGCUCUUCACAGAAGACUUACAUUGACCUUUAUCUCUCACACACACAUACACACACACACCCCAAGCCACUUGGAGUGUCCAAGAUCUACAGAUUAGGUGACUUUCUCUGGUCCUGUGGCCAAUGGUGAAUCUAGUAGUGGAGUAGUGGGCAUUAAUCCUCAUUAGCUUCUUAAAACUCCUGUUUUACAAGACCUGAUCAUCUGUAUGUGGUAGAGAUUUGAGGCCACGGGGAAAAGGGACAAAGACAGGAGCAAAAGCAACUUCUGGAGUAGUGCACAGCCUUUGGGGGAAGUAGGGCCAAUCUACAGCCUGCAGUUUGUACACAGGAGGUUGAGUCAGGAUUUAGCAAGUGACGGAGGCACAUUAAAAUACUUUUAAAACCUAGGAAUGUGGAUGUGGUGUGUUUAUUAUUGCCUUGUGUGUCUACUUAAAAUUCCUUCUAUAUAGACUAAAUCUUCCUUAUUUUCUUUCAAGUAGAGAUUAAUUGUGAGUAUUCAAAACAUGGUUCAGAAGUAAAGCAAAGAGUAUGCAGACCUGCAUUUCUUGUUUCAGUGAACCAAAAUAUGACAGCUAUUUGUUCAUUCAUUUGCUUGCUUAGCAGUUUUGGUUGAGCGUUUCCUGAUUCUAGCCAGGGCCAGUGUCCCAUAGGAGGUUUGGUAGGACCUGAAUGAGAGCCAGUGUCUCUGUGUCAGGACUCUGAAGCUGAAUUUCUCUUCAUGGAAUUGAUAUUUUGUCUGUGGCUAUAGCAUCAUUAUCCAGAUUCAUACCACAGCUUUCCUAUUGUAAGCAGAAUACUAGUUAUCUCUGAGUGGCUUUAUUUUAGUGAAUCCUGAGGUUACAGCAUCUUUCUGUUUGAAAAUGUCCUGUGGCUGUGUUUCUGCCUCAGCCUCCCAGAGUGCUGGGAAUCUGGUGUGUGCCCCUGUUUAUGAAGGAGUGAUUUUGUUUGUGGGUCGAGGUGGUAGCUGUGGGAAUGAGCACAUGCUAAAAGGCAUACUGGGAUACACACACUUUAAACCAAUGUCAAUUUCUUGGAGUUGGUAUUGCACUAAGUUACAUGAUAUCCUUGGGGGAAACUAGUAAAGGACACAUGGGACCUCCCUGUCCUGUCCUUGUAAGUUUCUGUGACUCUGCUUGUCUUACUUUUCUCUCCUUGCUGAGACAAAAUACCUAACACCCACAGGUAAAGGAGAAAAGGUUUAUUUAGCUUACAGUUUGUGGAGGUUUCAAUCUGUAAUAAGCUGGCUCUGAGGCCAGGGUGGCAUGGCAGAGGGGCAACAGUUCAUGGCAGCAGAAGACAGCAAAGCAAAAGCAACAAGAGCAAAAGGGGCAAAACGGAGAAGCAAGCCUCUUUCCCUCCCUUAUAAUACGGAAUGCAGGCCACCAUCCCCAGGGCAGAUCCAGCAGUCACACUGCCAGUGCCAGCACUAGACAAUGAACCAAUCACAAACUAGAUUCAGCCACUUCUGAAGAACCCACCCCUCACAACCGUAUUUGGGUGGGGUAGGGGAACCAUUCAGGCUCAAGCCAUGGGAAUACUUAUUUUAAUAAUUAAACUUUAAAUAGAGAGUUAACAGUACUUAUGUAUCACUUAAAUUGUACCUUUUCAUCUUAUGCUUAAAAGCCUUUUGUGUAUGUGUGUGUGGUACUGGGAAUGGAACUCACAACCUCAUGCUUGCCUGGCAGGUGCUUGUGCUGCUGAGCCAUUUCCCUGGUUCUUAGGAUAGCCAGUGAUUUUUUUGAUGAAACUUAGAUGUUUUCAGGUACUGUGUUAUAACAUGUGGAUCUUAUUGUAACACACAAAGGCAGGAAGACCUCCAUGUUCAUGGAUUUGGAGAAUUCAUGUUAUUAGCAUGGCCAUACUCCCCCAGAUGGUGGACCAUCCCGUGAAAUCCCCAUCGAAAUACAAAUUAUGUUCUUCACAGAACUGGAAAGAAAUCCUCUAAUUCAUGUGAAAGCAUGAAAGACCCCUCCCCCCAAAGGCAAAACAAUCCUGAGAAAAAAGGAAACAAGCUGGUGGCCUGACAGAACCUGAUUUCAAGAUGUCCCAUAGAGCCAUGGUGACAUAGUGUUUCUGCUGUAGUUUUGGCAUAAAAGCAGACUCACAGACCACUAGGACCAAAGCGAGGACCCAGAAGUAAAUCCUUGUGUCCUUGGCCAACUGAUUUUGAGCAAAAGUGCCAAAAAUACACAUUGGAGGAAGGCAGCCUUUUCAACAGAUGGUCUGGGGAGACUGGAUCUGCACAGGUAGAGGACAGAAAUCAGACCCCACCCCUCUCCCCGUAUAAGAAUCAACUCACAUUGGAUCAAAGGCUUUGCAGUUACUGAAAAAACCCAGGAGAGACAUUGGAGUAUAUUGACACGAGCAGUGAUUUUCCUGGUAGGACUUCAAAAGCACCAGAAACAAAAGCAAGAAUUGAAAGACAGGGUCAUAUAAAAGCAGAAAAGGUUUUGCACAAUGGAGGAGAUAUCCCCAAAGUGCAGGGAGCCUGCAGAGCAGAGGAAACCUUGAACAGCUGGUCAUCGGACUGUGAAUUAUAGCUGGACUAUAUAAAGGGCAACAAAAAGUAAGUAGUUAGUGAAAAAGUAUGGGCAAGUCGUGAAUGGAUGUUCUCAAAAGAAGAAAUGCAAUUGGCCAGUAAAUACAUGAAAAGGUGUUUGGAGUUUGGGGCCCUUGGGACUACAGACUGAAACCCCGUGCUAAUGGCUAUCCUCAAGCCACAAAACAAAGUCCAGGAGGAUGUGCAGAGAAAGAAAUCCUUAUACACCGGUGUUGGGCAUGGAAGUGAGCCAGCCUCUGUGGAUAACAAUAUAGAAAAAAGUGAGCUCAGGAGCACCGUGUGUUCCAGCUGUCUAACCCCUUCCUGAUUAUCCAUCCAAAGGAAACCAACACAGCAUCCCAGGGAGGUCCCUGCAUGGCCACAUUUUGUGGCACUGCUCACAACUGCCGAGGCACGGGAUCAACCUGGGCACUGUCAGCAGAUGACAGAACAAGGAAAAUGUGGUGUCCCCAUGCCUCCUCCCGCGGACCAUGUCCUUGAUCGUCUUCACUAGCGUGGUACGGGUGAGGGACGGACUGCCCCUGUCGGCCUCCACUGACUUCUACCACGCCCCGGGCUUCCUGGAGAGCAGGCGGCACCUCAAGGCCUUGGCCAUGCAGCUGGCCCAGCACCCAGGCCGGGGCUCCGCGGAGAGCCAGGACUUCCAGAUACACUUCUCUUCUGCAGGGGAUGUGGCCUGCAUGGCCAUCUGCUCCCGCCAGUGCCCAGCAGCCAUGGCCUUCUGCUUCCUGGAGACCUUGUGGUGGGAGUUCACAUCGUCCUUUGACACCACCCGCAUAGGCCUCGCCUCUAGGCCCUACGCCUUCCUUGAGUUCGACAGCACUAUUCAGAAAAUGAAGUGGCAUUUUAACCACUUGAGCAUCUCUCAGAUGCGGAGCAGCCUGGAGAAAGUGCAGGAGGAGCUGGACUUCCGACCGCCGGUGGUCCUGUCCCUGGAGGACAUGGAUGUGGCCAGUGGGCUGGCAAAUGGGCAUGUGCCCACACUCUUGGAGUCUGCACCCACUUUCCGCAUGGAGCCUGUGACCACCCUGGGUGUCCUGUCCCUCGUCCUCAACAUCAUGUGUGCCGCUCUGAACCUAGUCCGCGGAGUCCACCUCGCAGAGCACUCCCUACAGGUGGCCCAGGAGGAAAUUGGGAACAUCUUGGCUUUUCUCAUUCCUUUUGUAGCCUGCAUUUUCCAGUGCUACCUGUACCUGUUCUACAGCCCAGGCCGCACGGCAAAGGUGCUGCUGCUGCUGCUCUUCAUCUGCCUGAGCAAUGCCAAACUGCAUGGGCUGCGCAGCCUGUGGCAGAUCCUCUUCCACGUCGGGGUGGCCUCCCUGUCCUCCCACCAGACCCUCACGCGGCAGCUGCGGGAGCGGCAGUCGGGCUGCGGAGUAUGAGGCCACUGGAGGUGGGCUUUCCCCGUGGGUCCCUGCCUCCCUCCUGCUCGGACUCCACCACCCGCGUCUGUGAUGCUCCUUCCGGCAGUGCAGGUUCAGAGCCGGAGUGAAGGUCCCGGCAGGACCGGGCAGCCAGGUGGGGUCCAGUCCUCUCCCCCUCAUGCUGAGGACAAGGCGCCUGCGUGGCGGGCAGCUGCAGGCUUGCUCAGGGAGGGAGCGUGGGAGUUUUUAUCGAGGCAGGCACCCAGCACUCCGUCUGUCCAUCCAUCCAUCUGUCCGCAUGGUGGUCUCCAAGGAACCGCUUGCUCCAAAAUCUGAAUGCUCUGCAGUUUAAACGAGACUUUUUUUUUACUUUUGAAAAGAGGGUCAGAACACGGUGAAUUGAAAACUUAAGUGUGGUUCAUAAGUACAAGCUAGGUAAAUUUUGUUUACAGUUUGGAAAAUUUAGAUUUGCUGUACCUUUGGAAUAUUUAUAUUUUGGAUAUAAAUUGAAUUUCAGUAGGGCGAGAACAAAUGUAAACUGAGAAAGUGGUGAAGAAAUUUUGAGUUUAUUUAAUUUUAAGAGGGAGAGACCGAGGGUGGAGAAAUGUUUUGUAUUUACCUGCAGGCCACAUCUGAGUAUUUUUUAAACUGGUUGACUGGCACUAGUGGAUCGGCAGCUUGGACGUCUGAGCAGGAGCAAGACUCAGGGUGCCUGACGCGGGCCGCACGGUGGAGACCAGGGAAGGGGACCCCGUCAGUCAGGAAAGGUUUUGUCACCCUGUCACUUGCAUGUCAUUUCGCUGUAUGAAUACAUGGCCCUGUGCACCUCUUCCCUGAGGACCGCUCAAAUUAAUUACUCCUCAGUACCUUUUCCAAGAAUCUUGAUUAGAUCCAGGCCUCAUUUUUAAUGAACAAAAGCCAGGAUGUAGCUGGGUGUGGUGGGCACACCUGUAGUCCCAGCAGCCUGAGAGCCUGAGGCAGGAGGAUUGCAAAUUUGAGUUCUGCCCGGGCAAUUUAGCAACACCCUAUCUCAAAAAAAUAAAUAAACAAAUUAAAAUAAGGCUGGGGAUGUAGCUCAGUGUGACAGCUCCGAAUUCUGGACCCAGUACCACAAAAUAAACAACAAAAGUAGAUGUUAACUUUCCAAAGCUUUAUAAAGGAAUAACUCACACAUUAUUUAAAAAUUGAUUAUCAUUUCCCAAAAUACAGCUCUAAGCAAGGCCCCUUAGAUCUCCAGCAGUGUCACUGCUGCAGCCUCUUUGGGAGACCCCCUUUGGAUUGUCUGAGAAGCCUGGAAUUGGAGGAGUCCACCACGGCUGCCUGGAGCACCUGGGGUUGGUCGUGUGGCCUGACCAGCUGCAGGGCUUGUUAGGAGGGCAGAGAAGGGGAACUUGUGGCUUGGGAGAAUCCAGCUAUGUUUGGUUGUCGCUGGCAUUUACCAUCAUCGAGUUACCUUCGGGUCAUUUUAGGAAAAACAGAUUUCUGUGGCUUAGAACUGGAUUGCGAAAAUGUUGCCACAGCAGCUUUAUUCUCUCGUACUAGAAUUUUCUAUUUUACGCUAACACAGACCUGGAUGUGAGGACUAGCUAGAGAGUAUGGUCAGGUGUAACCACUGAGGUUGUUUUCUCCCUACACUUAGCAGGUGAAUGUUCAGUCUUCCUGGGAGGUAACUUAAAGGGUCUUCAGUAGGACAUGAGGCCACAAAGGGGAGAAAAGGCUUUUUAAAUGAGCAGCACAAAAAAGCUUGGUAAAAGCAGCCCAGAAAUGUACAUAUUUGGAAGCUCGCAUGACAUGGUAUUGUCAUAUGGCCCAGUCCCCUGUGUGCUGUGCUAUCUGAGCUGUGACCCUUGCACAGCCGGCAGGUUAGAAAUGGCCCCCGAAGGUAGCCCUUGCUGGCCCAUGGAGACACUGGUGGAGGCAUCCUGCCCUUAGCCACGUGCAGUUGGCCAGCAUCUCAAUGGUGUGAGAUUCACUGUUGCAAAUGCAAACAGUACCAUAGGUGCAGCAGCUCUGCAUAGCUGGAGCCUGGCUGAAGGAGGCCCACUUACCGAGGAGGCUGGUGACAGGCAGGCAGUUCUGCGAUUCUCUCCCAGGGAGUCCCAGGCUUGGUGGACUUGGUUCAGGCGUGGAGGUUGCAAUGCCCUAUGUGAUCCGAUGCCAGAAGCCGGCUCUGCACCCUCAGCUGGCUCUACCUGCCCUAGGCUCGCCACUGACCAGGCCUUUGUUCUCCUGAGAUCAGAUGCUGCCUCCCAUCCCCUUAGGGCUGGAUCUGGCCCAGGAAACGGUUGACAACAGAACCUCACAGGUGCCUUUAGGGGUCUCUCACACCCCCCAGCGUGCAGUCCCCUUCCUGGCCAGGACAGUGCACUCUCCCAGGGCCCAGCUAUAUGUGAUGAGGACCAGGCCAGCAGGGCCCAUUGGGAUGAUAGUCCCUUUUGGGACCAGAGGCCUGCGGCAUGGCUCCUGGGCUUGCUUCUUGGGCUCCUGCCCCCUUAUGAGAAGCCUGUGAUGUACAUUGUGAGCCCGCAGCUGAAGUCCUCUAGGGCUAGGAAAGGGUGCUGGAGGGCACUGCAGAGGUGCGGCUGACUGUCCCCUCCUGUUUCCUGUGCACCACUUUUCCCACUCCCAUGCCGCCUCUUUCCCACUCUGUGCCCUCAGCCCUGGGGAUAUGGGGAGCCUGGCAUCUGAGGGAGGCGCUUUCUUCAUGGUGGAAAGGGUGCCCAGCACUGCCCACAAACGAUAGCCACGGGGCUGCUAUUGAGGCCCAGGGACAAGGACUGAGGCAGGGAGCAGCCGCCCUUGGGCUUGGGGCUUAGCCUUUGUCCAGGUCCACCGGGCCUGUUCUUUCGGGCUCUCAGAGAACCCACUUCCUGUGUGCACAGGGCAGUGCAGGUGUGGAUAGGCAGGGGUGGCUGUUGUAUGGGUGUGGUCCUGCCCUAAGCCCUGUCCAUGUCAGGGAGGCCCUGCCUGUGCACUGUGGGUGCAGUAGGUGGGGGUUAGCAGGAUGUGUCCUGGUGAGAUGGGGAGGUGGGCAUUCCGGGCAGCUCCCCAGGGGCUGGGAGACAACUUCCAGCCAGUUGGGAGUUGCAGUGCAAAGGGCUGCAUGUGGCCUCAGUCUCCUGCCCUGGAAAUGGUGCUAACAUCCCCUGCCAUCCUGGUGUGCUCUGUGAUAAUGGAGGGUACCAGGGUGGACCUGGGGCUUCAAGUUCACUUGGCCCCACAGCUCCGUGCCUGCUAGGUACCAGCUUGGCUGCAUCUGCCUGCCCUCACCAAGGGCAUAUGCAGUUCUGUUCCUGUGCCCUGCUCUGAGGCACAGAGCCCGGGAGGGCAGACAUCUGCUGCCGGGGAAACCUCACUCAUGGACCAUGGGACAGGCUUGUCAUUAAACCUGGACCAGCUAGAGAAGCAGAAUUUGCCCCAGGUGCUGAGGGCAGGGCUGGAGCUAACCCUAACCCUAACCCUAACCCUAACCCUAACCCUAACCCAAAAGCUAUAAGCUUAUCCCUAAUCUGCACUUGACACCCUUGAACUCUGGCCCUCUACCUCCCUGGCUGUGCUCCUGACAGACCCUUGCACAGGCCAUUCACAGGCUGUGGCUUUGGGCUUGGGCUGUGUAAUGGACAUCUCUACCCGCGCAGUGUAGCAUGCUUGGGCUGACCUGGGCCAAGGAAAACGUCUUCGCUCACGGCCCGCGUUCCGGUGUGCUACAGCUGCUUUCUGUUUUCACACAUGCACCGAGGUCCAUCUUGAGUAUGAGAUAGAGCAUCGUCACCACCUCACCGUGAAGCCUACGCUGUGUCGCUGGGCGGAUGGACACAGGUUGUGUGGUGUUUAUGUGCUGUGCAGAGCCAAGCAGAUGGCCGCAGGCCCAGAGUAGAAUAAAGCUGAGUUGUUCUCUA